GUCCCGUGAUGGGCCUCCUUCAAAGAUGUCGAAGCAUCCGCCUCUGGAGGCCGGUCGUGCUGGUCCUAGCACACCUCUGCGUAAAGAUGUGACUACUGCUAAACAGCGCAAGUCAAUUGUUGACGACGACCCCAUCACUCGGUUCACUGCGGGAUUUGCAUCUAACACAUCAUCAAGUCCAUUCUCCAUACCCAUAAGGAAGCCUGGAUGUCCAUCUGCGAAGUCGAAGGAGCUUUUCAACCGGGAUGCUAAAGACUUCGCACAAUUCCUGGCUUCGAACUCUAAACGUGCCUCACCCGGAUCGAAGCCGGCCUCAAGUAGUGCCCGGAAAACCAUUAUAGAACCACCAUUCACUUUUCCUGACACACCAACACAACCCAAGAAACGGAAAUCAUUGCUCGAUCCAUUCUCAGGCCAAUUCACUCCAGACGUAUCGCAGACGCCUCACUGGCAAAAGCCCUUCGCCUCCCUAUCUUCGCGCCUUGACGCUGCUGAAACAAUUUUCCGCGACGAAUACCAUCAUAAGCCCGUCUUCACAACUCCCACGCGCCCACUCCCUGCUCCAAUACCUCUUUCCGAGUUUGGGUCCUCGGAGGGGGACGAACAAACUGAGGGCCAUAAUAGGAUAAUCGUCACCCCGCUGACUGCGCGUAUCGUUGACAAGAUAUCCUUCCCCCGACAACGAGGCCUUGGAUUGAGCCCGUCCAAGACACGACGCCUCCGUCAGUCUGGCGGUAAUCACCAUUCACUUACACGAAAUGGUCUAGCAGAGCGAGCUUCAAGUCUAAUACAGUCGUACGAAAUGAGGAUUGCCUUGUGGCAAGGAUCAAUAACGCAUGCAAACCAUUCUGUCAAUCCAGCAGCCUCCAAGACAAAAUCGCGGCACCCCACCCGAAAGCCCCAAAUUUCGAAGGUUGAGCAGAGCACGACAUCUCAUAAGCUUUCAACCGUACUGAAACCUGAUCUACGCUUCCUGGUUAUCCAUGUUUGUGGGUGCUUUGAAGGUCUGGGGAAAGAUAGUCGCAGCUUCACUCUAACACGCUGUCGGGUUCUCAAACAAGAGGUAGAAGUGAAACUAAUAGAGCAACCAACUGAUCCCGAAACCGAGUCCCAAAGCUUGAAUGGGGCGAACCAAAGCACAGAAGCAGAGGUGGAAGUGAAACAUACGACUUCAACAAUCAAUGGAGCUGAAGAGACCGUUCUCUUUUCCAGUUUGCGGAGGCUUGGCGUUGGUAGGGCUUCCGGCAUUGACCUUAUGCAUUUGGACAAUAUUCGAGCAGGGAGCGAGGUGGUGGUGUGGCGACCAUGGCAUCAGGUGCCACUCAAAGCUUUUCAAGGGGAACAACGUACUGUUGGCACUGAAGACCAGGUUAUGCUAUGUUCACGCUUCGCCGUGCGGGUUCCAUUUGGAAAGAUUGUUUGUUGACCUGUGUAUCCAAGUGUAUGUUGUUUAUUUUGUAAUGACUCGCGAGAACGGUAUGUAAUAACAGUGGGUAUGCACCGCCGAUU